AUGCAAACCACUUGGAGGUCAGUCUGCGUGGCUACCAGUCUCCUCCCGCUCAAUGCUGCAGCGCAGACCGCAGGCACUCAAGAAGGAGGCUUGACUUCUCCAACGACCGACUUGACCAUCACUUUCUCUCCCGGAACCCUCGAUGACUGCGCCUCACCGUCGACCGACGAUAACGCCGGCGGUAUCACUUUCACCACAGCCAGCACACCAAUCCAAAACUACUGCUUCAACCUCGAAGACCUCUUCCUAGGUCCAGCCAACGCAAACAUCACGCAAAACGUCUCCCGAGUCUCCACUCUCUCCUCCGGCGGUCUUCGCUCAUUCCAAGAUGGCUCAUACAACUUCACCUACGCUCUCUCCAAUCAAGAGUCCUACGAUCCAGCCCUGAACUACAGCCACAUCUUCUACUCGCAACCAGCCUCUGGCGCUCCUCCCGGCUACGGUACAGCAGGCCUCCCAACAGAUGCAUCCGCUCGCCUUGUUAAUCUCUUCUGGGACCGGGACUGCGUCAGUCGGAGGAACGCGUCGGCUCCGGAGGAUCAGCAGGAAGUUCCGCGGUAUAGGUAUAGCUGUAUGAGUGAGGGCCAGUGCGAUGUUGCUGCGUAUAGCGUGCAGAGCUUUCUGAUUGGGGACGUGGGGUGGAGAUACAAUCAGGCGGGGAAUGAAGGGGAGUGCUUUGACUUCGAUUCUGGAGGCGAGGUGGUGGGUGUUAGUGGUCUUGCUGUGGGAAUCUUGGUUGUUUUGCAGGUUCUGGUUGUGUAUGGAGUUGUGUAGUCCAGGCGCUUCUUGAGCCUGUGUUCGGCGCAGCUUCCAUCGGAUUGAUGGUCGUUGAGCCGCCUAUGUUCGUGGUGGUUGGCUGUGUUCUUGAAGAGUAGAUGAGAGUCUGAUGUCGAGUUGGAGCCAAAGAGGUGUAGCAAGG